AUGUCAACUUGGAUACGGCAAGAUUUCCGGCUCAAAUCACAUGAUUGUCAUGUGUUGUUACAACGUUUACUACCGGCAGGUAUCCGUAAGUUCUUGAAAAAAGAAAUCCGGGACACAAUCAUUGAGCUGUGUGUGUAUUUUAAACAAUUAUGCUCAAGAACACUUCAUGUUUCGGAUUUAGAAAAAAUGCAAACAAAUAUUUUAACUAUUUUGUGCAAGUUAGAAACAAUUUUUCCACCGGCCUUCUUCGACAUAAUGGUUCACGUAGUUAUGCAUCUCCCUAAAGAAGCUAUACUAGGUGGACCAGUGCAGUACAGGUGGAUGUAUCCCAUUGAGCGCUCAAUGUCUGUGUACAAGCAAUAUGUCAGGAAUCGUGCCCGCCCGGAAGGCUCUAUUGCUGAAUCUUUUGUGGUUAAUGAGGCAUUAACCUUUUGCUCAAUGUACUUUCGGGAAGUGGAAACUCGAUUCAACCGUCCUGACCGGAACAAUGACAUUGUCCAAAACAUGCCAACUCGACAAUUUUCUGUAUUCAAGCAUGUUGGUCGACCCAUCGGUAUGAGGACAGUCGACACCUUACCCAUGCAAAGCAAGCGUAAGGCGGAGUGGUACAUUUUGAACAAUUGCACAGAGGUUGAACCGUAUAUCAAUGAGCACAAGGAGUUGCUUCAAGCAAGGGGUGUAGGCAAUAUUGAGACAGUGCAAGAGACUGAGUUCCCUGAAUGGUUCAAAACUCAAAUUAAUGAACUACGGUUGACCAACCAGGGUGCAGUGUCAGAUGAGUUGUAUGCUAUCGCUAACCCAGCGAAUACAGCAAUUUAUUUUUAUCCAGGGUGCAUAGUGAACGGUAUUAAAUUUUUGGUCAAGGAAAGGGAUGAUAACCGCAAAACACAGAAUAGCGGUGUCAUGUGGUUUGACACUAACGGGAGUAGAAUGGAUAGUGACGGUGUUAUUACUAGCAUCUGCGUCAACCGACAGUGGUACCAAAAUGAACCGUUCAUACUUGCAUCUCAAGCAAAAUUGAUCUACUACAUUCCUGAUUUAAAGAACGGUAAAGACUGGCUGAUUGUAAAUGAGUACAUACCGCGCAAUGUUUGGGACUUCCCGGACACGGAUGGGGAGACACCCUUUGUACAGGAAAACAAUUCAAUUGAAACCGAGUUCGUUGUUCAACUUCCACAGUUGGAUGAUGUUGACUAUGUUCGCCAUGAUGUCGACCCAACUAAAGUUGCAAACAUCCAUCUAUGUCUACACCAAAGCCGAAGCUCGAGAAAGAAAGGCGUCAGAGGUAAAUACAAGGGCAAGAAUGUUGAGGAGGAGCUCUCCAAAACACAAUCUGCCAAGUUACCGAUUGAGGUGCACGCAGAGACUGGCACCCCCGUAGGCAAGAACGGAAAAAAAUUCAACAAUAUGGCCAAAUGGAUGACUCGGAUGUCUAUCCCCAUUAAUAAAUUCAAAUGGGAAGAUGUCAGUAGAGCUGACAUCAACGCACUGUGGGAUAGACUUGAGACCAAGUUUAUCCUCCCACGAGAUAACCCUACAUUCGUAGACUACGGUGAGUACGAGAUGUCAAAGGGUUUACGUGACUGGAGGGCAGACUGCAAGAAGAAGUGGAUACAAAACAUUGAGGAGCUUGGACAGGAGAGGGCCGACAUGUCACCUCCUGAGGGAGUAACUCAAGAGGUGUGGACUGACUGCAUCGCUUAUUGGAGCACAGACAAACAAAAGGUACAUUUUUUAAAAUUUUAAAUUUUGGUAAUGUUUAAUUUAUAUAGUCAAUAAUAAAUAAUUAAUUGUUAUAAAAAUUAU